CCCGCCCUGGCUGAGUGAGCUCAGUUCUCCAUUGGUGCCCCAGGGCCAGGAGAGGUCUGAGGAGACCUGGGAGUCGGCAGGCCUGAGCUCAACCCUGGGCUCUAAAAGCCCACCGUCUUCUCCGCCUCUCCCCCAACCCCUCCUCCUGUCAGCAUGGCAGCUCAAGACUUGGUCCCAGGAGUCCAGGCCCAGGAGACAGAAGACUCGGAGGAGCACAGAACAGCCCCCCCAGCCCAGGCAGAGAUGGCCGGUGGAGCCGAGCUGCAAUGGCCCUGGUACUUGGAGUCAAGGGAAAAGAAGGAGCCGAAGGAGUUCCAGCUUCGGCUGCCUGAUGCACACUCCAGGCACUCUCCCGGUGAGACUGUGGCUCAAGUAGAGGCCAGUGGCCCAGAGGUGGCCUCACGCCUGGUGGCUCUGUAUGGACAGCGGCAGGCCUGGGACCUGGCCCUCCUCACCCAGAGGAGGAUGGACCUGAGCAGGGUGAGCAUCCAGGCCCACAGAGAGGCAGCCUCCAUACCAAUCCAAGUUUCCUCACUCCAUGCCUCCCUGGGUAAACCCAACCUGGAGUUCUCCAGUGCCCCCACCUCCACCAUGGUGCUGGGGCACUGGGUCCCUGAGGCCCCGGGGCUCCUCCAAGACUCACAGAGAAAGAAUCUGAGACACUUGCCUGGCACAUCUGGACACACCUGGAAAGAAAACCCACCCUCAUUCCCUUUCCAAGAUUUUCCAUACUCCCCAGUCUGUGAGUCACCAAGCCAGGAGUCACCCAAUGCCCCCACGUCCACAGCGGUGCUAGGGGGCUGGGAAUUCCCACCUCAGUCCAUGCUGGCGUGCAGAAAGCAGGAGCCUCCCAGGACUGCGUGGCCUCUGGCUGAAACACCUGGAAAACACAGCACAGGAAUCAGAGAAAGAUACCAGAAGCAAUGGAGAGAGACGCCCUGCCCCACACAGUCAAGGCAAAAUGAAGAUUUGCACCAAAAAUUCGUGCAGCUACUACUUCUACACACAUCUGACCCCGGAAGCCAUGAGUCCCUGGUCAGGAGAUGCUGUCCUCACGGGGUGGUAGAGGAGGAAGGACAUUUGAUUGAGAUUGGAGACUUAUUUGGCCCGGGCCUGGGUACCCAGAGAGGGCCUCACACAGUCGUACUGCAUGGGGUUACUGGAAUCGGGAAGUCGACACUGGCCAGACAGGUGAGAGGAGCCUGGGAGGAAGGUCGGCUGUACAGGGACCGCUUCCAGCACGUCUUCUACUUCAACUGCACAGAGCUGGCCCAAUCCAAGCCAGUGAGUCUUGCCAAGCUCAUGGGAGAAGACUGCGCUGCCCCAGCGCCUCCCAUUCGGUCUCAGCAGGAAAAGAUGCUCUUCAUCCUCGAUGGUUUAGAUGAGCCAGAAUUGGUCCUGGAGGAGCAGAGGCCUCUCUGUGAGGACUGGAGCCUACGGCAGCCAGUGCCCAGAGUACUGCACAGUUUGCUGAGGAAAGUCUUACUUCCCGAGGCAUCCUUGCUGGUCACAGCUCGAACCCCAGCUCCACAGAAGUUCAUUCUUUCUUUGGAGCACCCACAUUGGGUGGAAGUCCUUGGAUUCUCCGAGUCCUCCAGGAAGGAAUAUUUCUACAGAUAUUUCACAGAAGAAAGCCAAGCAGUUCAAGCCUUUAGCUUGGUUGAGUCAAACCCAGCCCUCUUGACCCUGUGUCUCGUGCCCUUCGUGUCCUGGAUGGUCUGCACUUGCCUGAAGCAGCAGAUGGAGCGGGGGGAAGAACUCUCACUGACAUCCCAGACCACCACGGCCCUCUGUCUGCACUACCUUUCCCAGGCUCUCCCAGCUCAGCCCCUCAGGACUCAGCUGAGGUGCCUCUGCUCUCUGGCUGCUGAGGGAGUCGGGCAAGGAGAGACCCUGUUCAGUCUGAACGACCUCAGGAAGCACAGGUUAGAUGGAGCCUGCAUCUCCACUCUCCUAAAGAUGGGUCUUCUUCAAAAGCACCCCACCUCUCAGAGAUACAGCUUCAUUCACCCGUUUUUCCAGGGGUUCUUUGCAGCAAUGUCCUAUGCACUGGGGGAUAAGGAGAAAAGUGAUCAUCUUAACAGCACCAGACGCAUAAAAAAGUUGCUAGAAAAAUGUGAGAGGCAUGACCCGUUUGGGACACCAACCACACCUUUCCUAUUCGGCCUUUUGAGUGAGCAGGGGGUGAGAAAGAUGGAGCACAUCUUCAGGUGCAAGCUGUCUCAAGAGAGGAAGGGGGACCUGCUGCAGAAGGUGGAGGCAGAGGUGCGGCGAGGGCAUCCCUCCCUGCCACCAUACUCGCUGCAGGUGCUCCGCUGUUUGUAUGAGAUUCAGGACGAAGACUUCCUGACGCAGGCAAUGGCCCAUUUCCAAAGAACAAGGAUGUACGUCCAGACCGACAUGGAGCUCCUGGUGUUCACUUUCUGUGUUAAAUUCUGCCACCAUGUGGAAAGGCUUCAGCUGAAUGAGAGUGGACCACACAGACAGGCGUGGAGGCCCUCCAGUGUGGUUCUGUUGAGCCGGGCCCCAGUCACAGAUGCCUGCUGGAAGGUUCUCUUCUCCGUUCUCCAGGUCACUGGGAGCCUGAAGGAGCUGGACCUGAGUGGGAACUUCUUAAGCCUCUCUGCAGUACAGAGUCUUUGUGAGGCCCUGAGACACCCUCGCUGCCACCUGCAGACCCUGCGAUUGGCCAGCUGUGGCCUCACAGCUGAAGGCUGCAAGGACCUCGCCUCCGGGCUGAGCACCAGCCAGACCCUGACGGAGCUGGAGCUGAGCUGCAAUGUGCUCGAGGACGCCGGAGUCAAGCACCUUUGCCAGGGUCUGAGACAGCCAAGCUGCGUGCUGCAGCGACUGCUGCUGGUCAGCUGUGGCCUCACGUCUGGCUUCUGCCAGGACUUGGCCUCCGUGCUGAGUGCCGGCUCCAGGCUCACAGAGCUGGACCUGCAGCAGAACAAGCUGGGCGACCUCGGCGUGAAGCUGCUCUGUGAAGGGCUCAGACGUCCUACCUGCCAACUCAUGCUCCUGUGGCUGGACCAGACCCAGCUGAAUGAGGAGGUGACGGAGAUGUUGCGGGCCCUGGAGAAGAACGCUCAGCUGCUCAUCCUCAGCAGAUGGAAGCCGAGUGUGACGACCCCUAACGAAGGCCGGGAUGGAGGAGAGAUGAGUGAAAACAGGUGCUCACUCAAGCGGCAGAGAGCAGAAUCAGAGAGCAGCUCCCCUCAAGUGGUACAGGUGCAACCCCUCUUUCUGCCUUUUCCUGCCUCUCCGGGGGACCCGCACGUGGAGCCUCUGGAGACCAAAGAUGACUUCUGGGGCCCCAUGGGUCCUGUGGCUACCGAGGUGGUUGACAAAGAGAGGAGUCUGUACCGAGUUCACCUCCCCAUGGCUGGCUCCUACCGCUGGCCCAACACAGGUCUCCAUUUUGUGGUGAGAGGGCCAGUGACCAUCGAGAUUGAAUUCUGUGCCUGGGGCCAAUUCCUGGACAGGACUGUCCCACAGCACAGCUGGAUGGUGGUAGGGCCUCUGUUUGACAUCAAGGCUGAGCCAGGAGCUGUGGCAGCUGUGUACCUCCCUCACUUUGUGGUCCUCCAAGGGGCCCAUGUGGACAUCUCCCUGUUCCAAGUGGCCCACUUUAAAGAGGAGGGGAUGCUCCUGGAGAAGCCGGCCAGGGUGGAGCCAUGUUACGCAGUCCUGGAAAACCCCAGCUUCUCCCCGGUGGGAGUUCUACUGAGAAUGAUCCAUGCUGCCCUGCCCUUCAUUCCCGUCACCUCCACCGUGUUGCUGUACUAUCACUUUCAACCUGAGGAAGUCACCUUCCACCUCUACCUGAUCCCCAACGACUGCACCAUUCGGAAGGCCAUAGACGAUGAAGAAAAGAAGUUCCAGUUUGUGCGAAUACACAAGCCACCCCCGCUGACCCCACUCUACGUGGGCUCCCGCUACACUGUGUCUGGUUCAAAGAAGCUAGAAAUAAUCCCCAAGGAAUUGGAACUCUGUUAUCGGAGCCCUGGGGAAUCCCAGCUCUUCUCUGAGUUCUACAUUGACCAUUUCGGGACAGGGAUCAAGCUGCAAAUGAGAGACAAGAAAGAUGGGACUGUGGUAUGGGAGGCCUUGGUGAAACGAGGAGAUCUCAGACUUACCGCGACUCCGGUCCCUCCAGCCCUGAAAGUCUCACCUUCACACGGACUUGCACCAGCCUCGCUGCACUUCGUGGACCGGUACCGGGAGCAGCUGGUGGCUCGAGUGACAUCGGUGGACCCCGUCCUGGACAAGCUGCAUGGACUGGUGCUGAGCGAAGAGCAGUAUGAGAAAGUGCGGGCUGAGGCCACCACGCCGAGCCAGAUGCGCAAGCUGUUUAGCUUCAGCAAGUCCUGGGACUGGGCCUGCAAAGACAAAUUCUACCAAGCCCUGAAGGAGACCCAUCCUCACCUAAUUGUGGAACUCUGGGAGAAGUGGGGCCAUGGAGGAGAGCUGGGGACUGCCAGCAAGCUCGGCAGCUGAAGUCUCAACACCACUGUGAGUCCUGGCUCGGCCUCACCACUCUUCAGGUCUCCAUUUCUUCAUCUUGAAACAAGGUGUCAUCCGAGUUGCGUUCCAACCUUAAAGUUAUGGAGCUUUGAUGACGUCUUUGCUGGGUACCCACAGUGCCUCCCUUGGCUUUCACCUGCCGGCUGUCCAGGUGGGAUGGCAGCAUCUCAGGGAAUGUCCAUCUGGAGCUGGCAGGACUUCUGCAGACCUUGUAGAAGCCUAACCCAAGAGCCUGGUCUGGUGGCCACAGCAGCCAAGCCCAGAGCCCUCCCUGUGCCAUCCAGAUGCCAGGAGGAGCACGGGGGACAUGGGACUAGCCACUUCUGGCUGGAGACAGACAAUGGAAAUGGACACCUUGGGGGUUUUGAAUGGCUUGUGAACAGGGGCAAAAGCAGAUUUAUUUUUCAUU